AUGGCACGCGGUGUCGCCCUCCUGGGACUCAUCUGCUGUUGGUUAGCAUGCUCGGCGGCGGCCCAAGUUGUUCCGGACGGACGCCGUGAGCCAAGGACUCCGCCGUCGCCACUGCCCGGGAACCAGAACCCGGUGGAUGCUCCGGCCGAGAUUGCGUCGCCACCACCGCCCUUGGAGACAACGGCGCUUGCGCCGCACCGGAAGACCCUGCAGCAGGCUGUUUCGAGCGUUCCUCAUCUAUGA